ACCUCAUCGAAGAAGAUUCUUGGGCCAUAUUCCGGCCCAUCCAAGGGUUAGUAUACCCACUAGCUCAAGCUGUAUAGAGUAUAGACUGACUGAAGCAAUGAAUCUAGAAAAUCAGCACCACCGAGUUCAACCCGCUCAUCCGCACCUUCCGAGUCAACUCGCUCAACUCAUCUAACCCGGUAAAAUCCAACAUUGAUCAUCUUCAUCUCGUUAACAGGCUGCAAUUCGACGCCAAAAUUAGCGUCAUUACUCAUCACUGAUUGCUGAUUUGCAGAAAGAGAGUGUUAAUGUUGAUUAAUAUUGAGAUUAGCAGAAUAAAAUGAGCACAAAAUGUAGGGUUUGGUGGCCGAAGGAGCUUUCAUCAUCAUCUUCAUCAGAAAGUCUGUUGUUAUUCGGAUGGUUCAUCUCUUGCUCUCCGAGUUGCCUUGAUAUUGUUGUGGCUUUCGGUUACUCCGAUGAUUUUCUUUCUCCUCACUCCUCUGAUUCCUCAAUACAGGAGGCUAUGCGUCAAGCAAAUGGAGGAAUGCCUGUCAUUUUACAGGAACAGUGUAGUUUGACUGUUCUGGGUCGCUGUGUGCCAUCAUGUGAGAAUAUGGAUCGUAUGGACAUAUCUAAUGUGGUUGAUGAUGACAACAACCUUUCCUUGAAAUAUGCUGAGGCCUUUUCGCUCAAUGGCAAACAUACUCAUUCAGCAAAUUCUAAAAAUUCAAGAGUUCAAUGUGUUGAAUAUGAAGAGUUAUUAGAGCAAAAUAGGCAUGCUUGUCCUUGCAGCUCAACUUGGAUCCAGCUCGUGCAUGAUGCUCACAGUCAUCUUUCCAUUGAGAUAUGUUGGAUUCCCAAAUUAGAUUAUCUGCGUCGGAAUGGGGAAUUAUUGUCUCAGGCUGAACUCCACGUUAUAAUAUAUGAAACUCCGAGAUACGGCAGUCAUCAUUUCGCUAUAAACUCUUUUACUUCCAUGCUCAUAAAAUGUCCACCUAAACGACCCAAGUGGAUUGAUGAACUACAUUGCAAGCCUCAGCUGAUAGACUUGGACACAGUUAUUCUAGCAAUUAACUGCUCUGCUGCUGCAAAUAUGUACUUCUACAAACAUCUGGGACUCCAAAGAUCUUCUCGGCUAUCAGUGCUAUACAUGUUUCUUGACAUUAUUUGGAGGUUAUGGGCGACUAUCGUGGCCACCUUUUCUACAUUUCUCUUUAUCGUUCUUCAGUUAUUCAACAAGCUUUCAGAAUGUGGAUCAAAAUUUUGGAUGUGCACUGUGUUAGCAAAAGUUUUCAGUAACACCUGGAGAAAUAUACAAAUUCGAUGUCACCAGAUUCUGUAUUGGCCAAUCAUCCUUAAUGAAACAGGCCCGAGGUCUCAAGCAUGUGUUGAAUAUGCGGAGAAAGCUGGCUUACGAAGGCAUUCCUUGUGGUCAUCUGCAGCCAUUGAUGUGUUUUUUGGGAACUUGGUUGGAUUCGCUUUGUCAAUCCAUGCAGAAUUUGUUCUCAAAUGGUUUUCAACUUUUGCCAUUCACUUAACUGAUGAUGUUUUACGUACGGGUUGUGUCUGGUUGAUGGGGGUGCCUGCUGGCUUCAAGCUGAACACAGAGCUAGCUGGAGUUUUUGGCAUCAUUGCCCUUAAUGCUAUCCAGAUCUGGAGUACCCUUUGGUUUUCUGCUACAGACAUUUUUUCUUAUGCUAUCAAGGUUACUGCUUUAGCGGGGAUUUUUCUUGGAAUUACUAUACCUGUGGCAUGGAUCACAGACAUGAUUGCAUUAGCUGCAUUUCAUGUCUAUGCUCUCCAUUAUUUGAUCUCUCUCUUGUAUUCACUUCAAAUUCAGGCGUUGACAGCUUUAUGGCGUCUGUUCAGGGCCCGUAAGUGGAAUCCUCUUCGCCAGAGGCUAGAUAGCUAUGAGUAUAGCGUGGAGCAACAUGUUGUGGGAUCCCUUUUGUUCACUCCGCUCUUGCUACUGCUGCCAACUACAUCUAUCUUCUAUGUGUUUUUUGCCAUCAUGAAUUUGUCAAUUAUCUUCUCCCUGACUUUGAUAGAGAUCAUUAUAUCUAUUAUCCAUGGUACACCUUAUAGUAAAAUCCUACUUUGGCUGGUGAGAUCGAAGAGAUUCCCUUCUGGAGUCUGGUUUGAGAUUAUCUGUUGUCAGAGUGCUUCCACGGAGUUUCUUACGGGGUCAUCAUGCAAGAGUAUGCCUCAAGACAAGAAUGUGAAUUGUACGAAGUCUGUGCCGCUGGUUUCAUUUCUUCGUAGCAAUUCUUUCACAUUGGGACAAGUGGUCUUUCCUCACUACAAGAAUAUCUGCUGUGGAGUUCAUGGACAAACUCUUCGUUCUGCAAUAUCUGGGAUUCUCACAGGAAAAAGUAUUUCAACUACGCUGUCCCCCGAGGUUCCUCCAAAGUUGCCUUGGAUAUCCAUUUCGUACAGAGACUAUUGGUAUAUCUGCUACAAUGCAGUUCUUGGCGGCAUGCAAUGACCAUCAUUAUUAGUUUAUUACAAGGCAUUGUCGUUAGGCGAAGUUUGAUCAUAUAAUGCCCUAUGCUGAUCAACCUGUCUAAUCGGUCCACAGGAAAUACAUUGAUUUCUCCUGCAAAUCCCCUCCUUUUUCCCCGGGGAUGCUUGUGUUUUCCUGCAAUUUUUCAAGUGUAACAUUUACUGUUCACUAAUCUUUGGUUUGAGAAGUUCUGGAACAUGUUAGGGCAGUGAUUUUGUAACUUACAAUCUGAUCAUAGUAGAGUGCAACCCAGAUUCUGAUUUUGAAAGAAUUUUCAAAAUCUUUACUAGAAUGGUCAGCUAAUUUCAGGUUAUUAAGUGAAGGUAAAUACGCAGACAAGUUCAGUUGCUCCGCAAUACGCAAUUGGGGGUGAUCGUGGCCGAUGCCGUCGUCGUGUGACAUCACUCUUAACAAAUUAAUAUACUUGGACCCAAUUGUAUAAAUUUGUAGGUAAAUUGUCUUCUAAGUUAUGCAUUAUGUAAUAGCCUUUUUAAGCUUCUUUCCUUCUCUAAAUCACUAAAAUGUCAUAACAUAUAGAAUUAUAGUAUGCUUGAUCAGUUACUUUUUGUUUA